UGGGGGCUUUGUGGACCCAAGAAGGAUUAUUCUGUUGUGAACGCGUGUUGGAUCAUGUGACUCACAAAUUUUAAACACUCUCUGCCUCCAUGGUUGCAAAAGUAGCAACCUGCAGCCUGUUGGCUGCAUAGCAUCAUAAUGUCACUACCAAGCAGUUGUGGUAAGUGAAUAAAGAGGGAUGACAAAAAAAGUAAAGCAUCAUAGAAUUAACAAGAUCUACACUACCUGAUAUAAAACGUGUGCAUUAAGCAGUAAUUAUUUUUAAAAAAGGAUUGUUGCCAUGCUUUGUUUCACAUACACUAUUUUAAAUAAUUUAUGAUAAAAUAACUUUUAUAGACUUUAUAUUUUUAGAAAGAAAUAUUUAAUUAAUAUAUUACCAUUGAUGUUCUUGUGACAUUUGGAAAAGAUGAGUUUUAGUACAGUUGCAAUAAUGAGAAACCCAUCCUUCCGUUUAGCACAUCGAUGUUUGAACUUAACAAAACUGAAAUGUCCUUGUGGCAUUCUUUUUUCUAAUUUUAAGCAAAUACCCAAGCCUUCAACCAGAAUACAGACAUUAUAUACAUCAUGUAUUCUUUAUGAUAAUGAUUCAAACAAACCAAUUGAUGUUGCAAAAGAAAAUGGAAAGGGCACUGAAAAGGAAGGCAAGUUAAAGCAAACAGGACAGUUAGCAAAGGUUUUUGCUGAAUAUGGUACAACAGCUGUUGUGUUUCAUACCACUAUUUCUUUAACAUCUCUUGGUAUAAGUUACAUGGCAGUAAGCAGUGGUAUCGACGUUGUUGGACUAAUGCAAAAGUUAAAUUUAAUCACAGAAGCUUCAACACAAGCUACUGUUGCUGGAGGUGCUACGACUUUCGUUAUUGCAUAUGCUUGUCACAAAGUUUUUAUGCCACUGCGUAUUUUCGCCACAGUCACCUGCACUCCACUGAUUGUAAAGAAACUUCGACAGAUUGGAUUACUAAAGAUACCAGCUAAGAAAUAACUUGUCUAUAUAUCCGGAUUUUUUUUAUCUAUUUUGAUAAUGUUCACAUUUGGCAAUCGUGUUGUUCUUCGAGCUCUCUUUGCUUGUAUAAUUAUUUGAGUUUAAUUUUUGGGCAAGAAGAAGAAGAAGAGACAUUACUAUAGGCAUGAUCUCAUACGUUGCGAUUUAAAACGGGUGUUAUUUUGUUUACGACUGCUCUGCCAUAUAAUGUGAGUUGACAAGUUUGAAUAAAAAAACACCAUAGCUUUGUACUGCAUUUUUUAUUUGCCACUAUGCGUAUACUUAUUUCUGUUAUGCUGCGAAUGUUAGUUAAUUAUUUGGAAGAUUUUUGAGACCGAAUAACUUUGAAGGUAAUCCGAGGUAAUAAAGAUAAUUCUAGAGCCCAGAAAAUUGUUUAAGAAGUCUUUAAAAAAAUUUUUUUUGAAGAAGAUAUUUACGUUCGCAUUUCAAGUUUUUGACACGUGGUCAAUAUUCACCAUUUACCUGUAAAAGGAUAUAAAUUCAAAUCUUACCAAUAGAACAGGAUAGUAUUUAUGUCCUUUGUUUCUUAGUUUUGCACAAUAUUAUUGACAUCUAAAGUGGCAUUUUUCAAAUAAGGUUUUUUUAAAAAUGGUAACUAAUCGGACCACACAUUUACGUAGUAAAGUGAUUUAUAUUUUAUGUGGAUAACCUCGUUAAUAUCGAGGGAUAUACCCUGUUUAAAGCUCUCAUUUGAGCUAUAAAGAUCUCUGAAUAUUCUACCCAACUAGAUAACAGUCUGUCACAAUUUUUUGUCCUAAUUUUCUCUUUCUAAUCAAAAUUUCGUCACUUAAGGGUGACAAGAUAAAAUCAUGUAACGCUUUUUUAGCAUUUUUUUUUUGUUUUGUGUAACUGGUUAUUAGUUUUUAAGGUUGGAUUUACACGUUAAUUUUUGUACUUACUGUCGCCUUUAAUAUUUAGAUUUUAUUUAUAAAGGAAGAGAGCUAGAUUUUAUAUAUAUUUAAUAUUCCCUAUAGUAAAAAUGUACUGUGGAAGAUCACGAGAGAUAGGGUGUAAUUUUUCUUUAUCAAAUGACGCUAAAAAGUUUUAUACAAUAAAAACGUCAAAUUUUCAGGUAAACUGGC